AGGUGUUGCUUCCAAAGUAAAACUUUUACUCUGCACCUCUUAAUACGUCUCCUUUCGUCGUCCAACGUUUGUUUUUGGGCAAGAUGGAUCCGGCGCUUGGCGUGAUGUCGCCGCUACUCCACGAGGCCCAUGGCAUCGAUGGCAUGUUGGAGGACGCGGUGGAGGAGAUCACCGGCAACGCUUUCCUCGACAGCUUCCCCAUGGAGUCGCCCAACGCCGGCGGCGCGGCGGGUUCGUCGUCGCCCGCAGAGGUACCGGCUGGCACUCCCUGCAGCUUCUGCUCCCAGUCGUCCACCACGCGGCUGCUGCCCAAGGAUGGCCUCUAUGUCUGCGCCGGCUGCGUGGCGAAGCAGGGCGAUGCUCCGCGCAGUUUCCCCCUCGGCACCUUCAAGUGCUGCCCUACCUCGACGGAGGGCGUGGACGGCGACGUGGUGCGCUGCGCCGGGUGCUUUCGCUGGUACCACGCCCACUGCGUCGGCAUCACGGACGGCGUGCUGCGCAGCUACGUGACGCUGUCCACGACGUCGUGGUACUGCCCCGAGCCGACCUGCUGUGAUCGGGUGCUGCAGAGGCACCUGAAGCGGUAG